AUGUCUUCACUUACGCUCGUCUUUACAUCCCUCAUUCUUCUCCUCACCCCAACAACACUUUGCCAAUCUCUCCCCACCGUCUCCACUCCCCAGGGCAUCUACCGCCCCAACACUACUAUCUCUGGAGUUGAGCAGUUCCUGGGCAUUCCCUUCGCGGAACCCCCCAUUGGCAACCUCCGGUUCGCAGACCCGGUCCCCUACGCCUCUGGCAACGCUUCUCGCGUUAUCGAUGCAACGGAUUAUGGCCCAGCAUGUGUACAAGACCCCCGAUUCGUGAUCAACAAUACAAUUAGCGAGGACUGCCUGAAACUCAACGUCUUCCGGCCCGCGGGUACCAACAGCACCGCCCAACUCCCGGUCAUGAUCUUCAUCUACGGCGGCGCCAACGUCGGCGGCCAAGCCAAAGCGUACAACGCCCCCGGCCUCGUCAUGCGCGGCACGUCCACCAACUCCCGCGUCAUCGUCGCGACGCUCAACUACCGCACGGGCGGGCUGGGUUUCCUGUUCAACAGCCUGUUCGCCGGCAAGGGGCUGAUGAACGCCGGGCUGAAGGACCAGCGCCUAGCGCUUGAAUGGCUGCACGACAACAUCCGCGCCUUCGGCGGCGAUCCCGCGCGCACAACCAUUUUUGGCCAGAGCUCCGGCAGCUUCAACGUCUGGAUGCAGGCGCGCUACGCGGCACACGGCGGGGCGGGCAAGGACUUGUUUCGUGCCAUGAUUAUGGAGAGCGGGGCGCCGGCGAGUUUGGCGCUCAGGGGUAACCCUCCGGCGAGCGGCGACGCGUACCUCAAGCAGAGCUUGGUGGCGUUCGGGUGUCUGGACAGUAUUUUGGUGACGCCUGGGGAUGCGGCGUUGGCGUGCUUGAGGAGUAAGAGCAAGGAGGAAUUGACGGCCGUCUGGUUCAAUCAGUUGAGUCUGCUGAACCAGGGCAUCGAUAAUUUUGUGCAGCAGAACGUUGGGUUUGGGGUUGAUGGGGUGUGGUUAGAUGGCCCCGACUACUGGAAUGAGACGAUCGUGCCGAUCCCGAUGGUUAUCGGAAACACUUUCAACGACGGCAGCACAUACGGCCUUGUCCCACUCAACCUUGCAGUCGGACCGUAUCUUAACGCAGUCGUAGCAAAGGACCUCCGCACGAACAACCUUCUACUCACCAAUCCAGUUGUUGCAACCUAUCCCAAUCACACGCCUGCCGAGAAUGGCCGCGGCUACAACGCCGACAUUACCAACACAGCCCUCUACUACAUCGGCGAAGCCGUUCUUGGUGAUACCGUUCACGUCAUCCCGCGCCGUGUCACUGCCGCUCAGCACAGCACGGGCGCAGAUUCCCCCGGACCAAACAGGGAUGGUGUAAACACCUGGAGCUACCGCUGGACGCAAAGGCCCCCGCUGAGCGUGUUCAGCGAGCCCUACUACGCCUUACCGCCUCUCAUACCGAACUUGAUCAAGACUCGUGCAGGUGUUGUGCAUGCUUCUGAAUUGGCGUAUCUCUUUGGAAAUGUGAAUGGGUAUUCGGAUUCGACGGCAGGAGAUCGGAAAGUAGCCGCGCUGCUACAGAGCAUGUGGAUUUCUUUCGCUUACCGUCUGGAUCCGAAUGGCCAUGGAAUUCCGAAUGUACCUCACUGGGACACCUACAACCCCACCUCUGCCAGGGUUUUCAAUUUUGAGGAACAAGGAUCCACGACUUCAAACAUGAUUGCUGACAAUCAACGUUUGGACAGCUACAACGCGUACAAGAAUGCUGCCGCGCAGGCGGGACUACCACCUCUGCCUCCUAUCAGCGCAUGA